CGCAUAUACCUACACGCAGGAAUCUCCGCGCCCGCCAUGUCGCCCCCCGCCAUCAUUGCCCCGUCCAUCCUGUCGGCCGACUUUGGAGCGCUGGGCAAGGCCUGCUCAGACACAAUCGCGCAGGGCGCCGACUGGCUCCAUGUCGACAUCAUGGACGGCCACUUUGUGCCCAACAUGACCUUUGGAGCGCCCGUCGUCACCAAGAUCCGCUCCCACGUCGAGCGCCCAGCCACGGCGUAUGGCAAGGGCACGUUUGACUGCCACAUGAUGAUUGCCGAGCCCAAGAGAUGGGUCCGCGACUUCAAAAAGGCCGGCUGUGACCUCUACUGCUUCCACUACGAGGCUGCCGUGUCGUCGACGGCCGCAGACUCGCCCAGCGCAAAGUCGGAUCAGAAGACGUCGCCAAAGGAGCUCAUUCGCUUCAUCCACGGCGAGGGCAUGCAGGCCGGCAUUGCCAUCAAGCCGAGCACGCCCGUGGAUGUCUUGUGGGAGAUGUUGGACAGCCCCAACAAGGAAGAAGUCCCUGAUAUGGUUCUGGUCAUGACGGUUGAGCCCGGCUUUGGUGGACAGUCGUUUAUGGCCUCUGAGCUGCCCAAAGUCACAGCGCUUCGACAAAGGUAUCCCAAUCUCCCCAUCGAGGUCGAUGGCGGUCUAAGCGAGAAGACUAUUGAUCAAGCUGCUGAUGCUGGCGCUAAUGUCAUUGUUGCUGGCAGCGCUGUCUUCGGCGCUUCAGACCCCGGCGAUGUGAUUAGCAAGCUGAGAGAAGCUGUUGAAAAGAGGAGGGGCAAACUAUAAAUCAAGCAUGUGGUUAGACCAAGUAUGAUAAAAUAUGGCGUUAUGACUGUAGAGGGUUGUAUGUACAUCCAGACUUGCUGAUAAGCUCACACUAGUGGUGUAGGUAGAAGAAGCCUGAGAUGAACCCCGC